UGAGGGCCUGAGAGACUCCACUGUGGAACCACUGCUGCCACCACCUAGGUCCAGGACGAGCACCUCUGUCCUGGUGGCAUUGGAGGGCUCCUUCUGACAUCACAGACCGCACAACGCAAUCUGAUUGCCUGCCGCUGGGCCACCGCAGACCAGGGAGAUGACCGGAGCUUACAGGUCUUUCUUGAGUAUAUGUGGAGGGAGAUGACUAAAUUGAACAUGGAACCUUGCUACAGUGGAUACCCUGGAGAGUCAUAGCCCUGAAGUGCUUCGAAGAUGUUCCAGAGCAUGGAUGCAGUGACUUAUGAUGAUGUGCAUGUGAACUUCACUGCAGAAGAAUGGAAUUUGCUGGAUCCUUCCCAGAAGAAACUCUACAAACAUGUGAUGCUAGAGACCUACCAAAACCUCACUGAUAUAGGUUACAGUUGGGAAGAUCAUCAUCUUGAAGAACAACAUCAAAGUUCUAGAAGGCAUGAAAGACAUGUUAAAUCACAUAUUGAUGAAAUGAUUGAUCAGGCUAAUGAAUGUGGUAAAGCUUUUACAUGUGCCUAUUAUUGUUGCAGGCAUGAAAGAAGUCAUACUGGAGAAAAACCACAUGAAUGUAAUCAAUGUGGUAAAGCCUUUUCAGGUCACAGUGGUCUCCAAUAUCAUAAAAGAACACAUACUGGAGAGAAACCUUAUGAAUGUAACCAAUGUGGUAAAGCCUUUUUACGACAGUCUGAUCUCCAAAUUCAUAAAAGGACACAUACUGGAGUAAAGCCAUAUGAAUGUAAUCUAUGUGGUAAAGCCUUUUCACAUAGCAGUCAUCUCCAAAGACAUAAAAGGACACAUACUGGAGAGAAACCUUAUGAAUGUAGUCAAUGUGGUAAAGCCUUUUCAUGUCAACGUAGUCUCAGAUAUCAUAAAAGCACACAUACUGGAGAGAAACCUUAUGAAUGUAAUCAAUGUGGUAAAGCCUUUUCAUGUCAACGU